AUGGAGCACGUAGAGCGCUGUGCGUGGUUCCUCCGGGGGACGCUGGUGCGGGUGGCCGUGCGGCGCUACCUGCCCUGGGCGCUGGCGGCCUCCAUGCUGGCGGGCUCCCUUCUCAAGGAGCUCUCCCCGCUGCCCGAGAGCUACCUCAGCAACAAGCGCAACGUCCUCAACGUGUAUUUUGUCAAAGUGGCCUGGGGCUGGACCGUCUGUCUCCUCCUGCCUUUCAUUGCCCUCACCAACUAUCACCUGACAGGCAAGGCUGGCCUGGUCCUGCGGCGGUUGAGCACCCUGCUUGUGGGCACGGCCAUCUGGUACGUCUGCACAGUCAUCUUCACCAGCGUUGAACACUACACGGGCAGCUGCUACCAGUCCCCCGCCCUGGAAGGGAUCAGAAAGGAGCCCCAGAAUAAGCAGCAGUGCCACCGGGAAGGGGGCUUUUGGUAUGGCUUUGACAUCUCAGGCCACUCCUUCUUGCUAACCUUCUGUGCCCUCAUGAUUGUGGAGGAGAUGGCUGUGCUGCACGAGGUGAAGACGGACCGAAACCACUGCCUCCACACCGCCAUCACCACCCUGGUCGUCGCCCUGGGCUUCCUGACCUUCAUUUGGGUGUGGAUGUUCCUGUGCACUGCCGUUUAUUUCCACAACCUGUCCCAGAAAGUGUUUGGCACCCUGUUCGGUUUGCUGGGCUGGUAUGGCACCUACGGGUGUUGGUAUCUGAAAUCUUUUUCCCCAGGACUUCCUCCCCAGACCUCUAGUUUGAAUUUGAAGCAAGACAGUCAUAAGAAAUAA